GUCGUCGUCGUCUGGCCUACGGCAAAGGUAAAUCAACUCGUGACUCCAGUGCGAACGGUUCUACACCAUCAGCAGCGGCGGUUUGAUUUUCACCCUUCCGGUCUGUUUCUUUGAUUUUGCUUCGUACCAUCAUCCAGGAUCGGCAUCCACCAUGGCUAGCAACACCCAGGGUAUCCAGCAGUUGCUGGCCGCUGAGAAGAAAGCCGCCGAAAAGGUUGGCGAAGCCCGCAAGCGUAAAACCCGUCGCUUGAAGCAGGCCAAGGAUGAAGCCACCGAGGAAAUCGAGAAGUACCGUGCCGAGCGUGAGAAGCAAUUCAAGGAGGCCGAAGUUAGGCACAUCGGUUCCCGUGAGGGCGUAUCCAACAAAAUCGACGCUGACACCCGGGUUCGCAUCGACGACAUGAACCGUGCCCUCAAAACUCAUAAGGAAUCCGUUAUCGUGAAUGUGCUGGAUCAUGUGUACGCCAUCAAACUGGAAUUGCACAAGAAUGCCCGUAAGGAGUAACGGGCUUCGUCACAUUCCCCCAAAGCAGUUUUAUUUUAUUUUAUGAAAAUUGAACCAACACAGUACUUUGUUUUCAUUACCCUAUAUUCGUGAAUUCUUUUCAACGUAAGGAGGAAGUCCGCCGCUGCGAAAUGUAUUGAUCAAGUCAUCUUGAACUAGAUUUAUUGUAAAUAAGAUCAUGUUAAAAGGAAACGCUUUAGGUUAUAUAAAACUAAUAAAAAUUGUUGUCCGUAUGACAA